AUGCAGACAGAAAACAGGAGACAGGAGACGGAAGACAGAAAACAGAAGACAGAAGAGAGAAGGGAGGAGGGAGAGGGAGAAGAGAGAAGAGAAGAGAAGGAAGAAGGGAAAAAGAGAAAAGAGAAGAGAGAAGACAGAAGAGAGGAGGAUGAGAGAGAGAAGAGAGGGAUUAUUAAAAGACAGAAGAGAGAAGACAGAAAUCAGAAAAGAGGAGAGAGAAGAGAAAAGAGAAGACAGAAGAAAAGAGAGAGAAGUGAGAAUAAGACAAGAGAGAGAAGACAGAAGAAAGGAGGGACAGGGAGAAGAGAGAAGAGAGAAGACAGAAGAAAGGAGGGAGGGAGAAGAGAGGAGAGAAAAGAGAGAAGGGAGGAGAGAGAAGAGAGAAGAGAAAAGAGAGAAGAGAGGAGAGAGAAGAGAGAAGAGAGACGAGAGAAGAGAGUGGGGAAAAGAGAGAAGAGAGGAUAUAGUAGAGAGGAGAGAGUAGGGAGAAGGGAGAAGAAAGACAGAAGACAGAAGACAGAAGACAGAAGACAGAAGACAGAAGACAGAAGACAGAAGACAGAAGACAGAAAACAGAAGACAGAAGACAGAAGACGGAAGACGGAAGACAGAAGACAGAAGAUAAAAGACAGAAGACAGAAGACAGAAGACAGAAGACAGAAGAUAGGAGACAGAAGACAGAAGACAAAAGACAGAAGACAGAAGAUAGGAGACAGAAAACAGAAGACAGAAGACAGAAGACAGAAGGCAGAAGACAGAAGACAGAAGAUAGAAGACAGGAGACAGAAGACAGAAGAGAGAAGAGAGUAA